AUGGAGGAAGAUAAGGAUGCGCUGAGCGAGUACGACGUGGAGACGCUGGUGAAGAGCGAUCCGGUGUUUAACGCGGAGAUGUCGUGGUUGGCGUUUAACUGGCGAGUGCUCGCGAUGGCGGCGAACGAAGAGGUGCCGAUAUUUGAAAGGUUGCGAUUCGUGGCGAUCAGCGCGAGAAAUCUGGAUGAGUUCUUCGCGAAGCGCGUCGGCGCGAUCAAGCGACAGGCGGCGGCGGGUUUGGAGAACUUGGUAAAGCAGCGCGGACGGGAGGUGUGGACGCCGCAGGAGACGUUGCAAAACGUCGCGGCGGAGGUGGAGCGACAAGUGGACGCACAAGCGGCUUUGUUGGAGGAUCACAUCGUUCCAGCUUUGAAGGCGCACAAUAUCUACUUGGAGCAAUACGAUGAUCUGAGUAAGGACUUGAGAACGAAACUCGGAGACUAUUUCGAGGCUCAAAUCGAACCGGUGCUCGAUCCUCGCGCCAUAGAUCCGUGCCACCCGUUUCCGUUUCUCGGUUCCCUCUCGCUUUCCAUCGCGGUCGAACUCGAAGAUGCGUUCAAGCAGGAAAAGUUUGCCAUCGUGAGCGUUCCCGCCGCGCUCGAGCGUUGGAUUCGAGUCGGCGAUAGCAAAGAUUCCAGCGAACAGCGAUUUUUGCCGCUCGAGCAGCUUAUCGAAGCGAACAUGGAGAAACUCUUCAGAGGAUGCAAUAUUCGUGAUACGCACGUGUUUCGCGUCACGCGCAAUGCCGACAUAGAGCGUAAUGAAGACGAAGCCGAAGAUUUGCUCGAGAUGAUGGCAGACGAGGUGCGAGAGCGUCGGUUUGCGUCUUUUGUUCGCCUCGAAGUCCAGGACACGAUGCCCGAGUACAUUCGAGAUAAAUUGAUCGACUCUCUCGACGGCAUCACGCUCACGGACGUCAUUACCGUACCUCAUCGCGCGCCACUCGGUUUCGGUACAAUCGAUUCAUUACCGGUAAAUUUUGGCAUGGAUAUCGAGAUGCUUUACCCACCGUGGUCGCCGCGAACGCAUCCACGUUUGGAACAAAUUCGCGGAAGCGAAGGCACCAUUUUCAGCGCGAUUUCUGAGGGAGACAUCCUCGUGCAUCACCCGUACGUCUCUUUCGCUACAUCAACGCAGGCGUUCAUCGAAGAAGCCGCGCGAGAUCCGGAUGUGCUUUCAAUCAAGUCUACGCUUUAUCGCACGAGCGACAAUUCGCCCAUCGUCAGAGCCUUGAUCAAGGCGGCUGAAAACGGUAAGCAAGUAGCCGUGCUCGUCGAGCUCAAGGCGCGUUUCGACGAAGCAAGAAACGUGGGUUUUGCGCAGCGCUUAGAAACCGCCGGAUGCAACGUUGCGUACGGUGUCAAGGGGGUCAAGACGCACUCGAAGGCGUCGCUUGUCGUGCGUCGCGAAGGUAAAAAGUUGGUCAAGUACGUGCACAUCGGUACCGGCAACUACAACCCAUCGACGGCGGGUAUCUACACGGAUUUCGGUUUGUUGUCGCGUGACGACCAGCUUGGCGAUGAUGUGAGUAACUUGUUCAAGUUUCUCAUGGGCCAUCACUACCAAGAACGGUUCAACAAGCUCAUCGUCGCCCCGUUGCGCAUGCAAAAUGAAUUCGUGGAGAUGAUUGAACGCGAAGCAGAGAACGCUCUCAAAGGAAAGCCGGCGUCCAUCAUCGCUAAAAUGAAUGGCCUUGACGACGCGGUAAUAUGCGCCGCGCUGUAUCGCGCUUCGCAGGCAGGUGUGAAGAUUCAUCUCAUCAUUCGAGGCAUCUGCCGCGUUAGACCGGGCAUCCCCGGCGUCUCAGAAAACAUUCGAGUCGUCUCCAUUGUCGGGCGUUUUCUCGAGCAUCACCGCGUGUUCCGAUUUGAAAACAACGGAUCACCCGAGUUCUACAUGGGGUCCGCGGAUUUGAUGCGUCGUAAUCUACUUCGACGCGUCGAGGUCAUCACGCGUGUGUACGAUCCGAAGAUCCAAACCGAGUUACAAGAAGUCCUCGACGCGUGCUUGACGGACCAAGUGCUCGCGUGGGAAAUGGGCUCGGAUGGCCGUUAUUACCGCACGCCGACGUCCCGACAGGUCGCGGCGAAUCACUUGGCGCACGAUCCUGGAAAGGGACGACUCAUGAAAAUGGCCGCUACGGAUGGCUUGCACGUCGCGCUCAUGGCGGAUACGCUCAAGAUGAUGAAGCGAUCGGACAAGCGCGCGAAUCUCGCGACUCUCGCGACGAAGAAGGUGAAAAAAGUUGAACGCGCGCCCAAGGAGGUGCGUGCUCGCGUUCUCAAGACGAACGCCCCGGAGGUGAACGAUAAAACCGACGUGAUUGAGCAGCAGGUCCAAGCGAAAGCACCGGAGAACACGCGACCGAAGUUUGAAGACGUCAUCUCGGUCGAAGAAGGCGUGAUCAUGAGAUCGGUCGAAGACAGCGCCGACGAGUCGUAA